UCGACGGUGGCACCAAUUCCUGUCACCGCUUGGGACGAGAUUGGAUGCACGCAUGUCCGUCCCAUGUCGGAAUCCCUAUGCCUUCCCAAAAUAGCCUCACAGAAUAGCUUGUUCUGCUAAGGUGCUGACGAGACACCCAGCCGGCCAAAACAGCACCGGCUUGACCUCGAGAACUGGAGAGGCUUUCCAGAGGUUCAGCCCUCCGUCCAUGAUCAGCAUCUGCAUUAGCGUCUUGACCUCGAUGCAUUCGGUGCUACCCCAUCGCGGCUGCGCCCCUGAACGAUAUCAAUCUCACACUCCAUGGCUUCGGCGGGCAGUCGGCGGACGCUGGGAUCAUGGUUCCCGCCCACAAGGCUCUAGACAUCAGAAGCUUGUUAAGACUGCUGGCCAUCCCACCUGUUCUGUUUCCCUUGCACGCCUUUCUCCAUAGCCUGUUCACCAAGGCAUAGAACCGCCAACAUGGUCCGUCUCAGUCUCUUGGCACUUGCUGCCUUCGCUCACCUCUCUUACGCGUGGCUGCCGAGCGACGCUUCCAGGAAGCUGCUGGACACCCGUGGUUUCAGUCUUUUCGACUCGCAGAACACCAGCGCCAGGGACGAUUCAGAUGACAUUGGCAAGCGUUGGUGGACGGCCUCCGGCAAGAUCAGGGGCGUGAACCUGGGCUCGCUGUUCGUUUUCGAGCCAUGGAUCGCCAACGGCGAAUGGAACAACAUCGGCUGUGGCGGACAGCAGUCCGAGUUCGACUGCGUGAUGAACACUGGCCAGGAGAGAUCCGAUGCGGCUUUCCAAAAGCACUGGGACACGUGGAUCACCGAGGGCGAUCUCGACGAGAUGAUGGGGUAUGGUAUCAACACCAUUCGUAUUCCCCUCGGCUACUGGCUUGACGAGUCGUUGGUCGACAAGAACUCGGAGCACUUCCCAAGGGGGGCCUUGAAGUACUUGAUCCGUCUGUGUGGAUGGGCCAGUGAUCGUGGCUUUUACAUCAUUCUGGACCAGCACGGUGCCCCAGGAGCCCAAGUUGCGAGAAAUUCUUUCACCGGCCAGUUUGCUCAGUCCCCGGGCUUUUACAACGACUACCAGUACGGUCGGUCUAUCAAGUUUCUUGAGUUUCUGAGGAAGCUUGCCCACGACCACAGCGAGCUUCGAAACGUUGGCACUAUCCAGCUUGUCAACGAGCCCACCAACUGGGACUCAUCUGUGCAAUCCCUCCGUAGCACGUUCUACAAGAAAGCCUAUAACGCCAUCCGCAAGGUCGAGCAAGACCUCGGUGUGACGCCCAAUAACUACGUCCACAUCCAGAUGAUGUCGUCGCUCUGGGGCUCGGGUAAUCCGGUUGAAUUCCUUGACGACACCUACUUCACCGCCUUUGACGAUCACCGCUACCUCAAGUGGGCCAACAAGAACGAUGUGCCCUGGACGCACGAGAGCUACAUCUCGACGUCGUGCGCCGAUAACCGCAACGGCGACGCCGCGGGACCGACCAUCGUCGGCGAGUGGAGCAUCAGCCCGCCCGACGAGAUCGAGAGCUCGGACGGAUGGAACCGCAACACGCAAAAGGACUUUUACAGAAGAUGGUUCGCGGCCCAAGUGCUCGCGUACGAGAGGUCGACCGCCGGGUGGGUGUUUUGGACGUGGAAGGCGCAGCUUAAUGAUUAUCGGUGGUCUUACAGAGAUGCCGUGAUUGCGGGAGUUGUUCCGAGAGAUUUGAACUCGAUUGCAAACUCAGGUGUUUGUGGUUAGUGUGUAGUUCAUCGACGAUGAUGACGGACGUGUCCUGGAUGGGGUGGACGAUAUGACUUCAUUAAUGGGGCUCGAACCAUGACAAACAGCUUCGCUGGAGAUACUAGCACGCAUAAUCGAUACUGUUACGAGAGCACGUCCCGGCGCAACCCAUCCAUUCAAAACAUUUUAUUAGAGUCCAACGGAACUAUGUACAAGAACCCGCAAAGAACCGUGCAGUUUCGGUCCUUUCGGUGUCUCUGCUGGCCUAUCUGGUAGGACUAGCAGCCAUGAUGCCCUGCCCGCGUUCAACAAGAACUCGGC